AGUAAUCGUCGCGAUUUACGUGAACGCUUUUGCGGUUGUUGCGCUUCAGUCAGUGACGCGCCGUGUCGCCGGGCACGCGAACGAACAGCAUUCAUUGCCUUCAGCGGAGUGACAAAGUGUCGUAGAUACGCGUUGCUUUUUUCUUGCCUAUGUUUUGUUAUGUUUCGUUGCAAUUUUUAUACAUACAUAUGUACAAGUAAAACCGUAAGUAAGCAAACUGUAAUUACAUAAGCGACACGCAGUGAAUUAAAUAGUUAGAAAAUUCUAAGAAAUUAAACCUCAAAUGCAUUUCAAGCGCAAAAUGAUACGCUAUUGAAACUAUUCUGGCAAGCGCUUACAACGAGCAGUGGUGUGUGCAUUAAAGCGCACAAAUCAUCGCGCGGCACAGCUAAGCACAAAUCACAAAACAGCGACAAUAAAAAGCAACGAACGCACAAAUCCCCGCAUUCCCGCCCACAAAGUCAGCUUAAUACCUAAGCGCCAAAAAAAAAAAACUAAACAUCCAACGCAAACUAACAGCUGAACAACACAAAAUGCCACGCCCACGCUCUGCUGCGCGCCUGCGCUUACUACUCAAUCUACUGCUCUUCGCCGCCAUCAUUAGCGAGCAUCGCAGCGUCGCUGCAGGCAUUGCCAUCGACCCAGAACUCUCAUCACCUUCACCGUUUACCAUCGCAUCGACCGCCUCAACACCAAUACCAACGCCAACGUCGAAGUACAGUGCAACAGUUGCUAGCGAGCGCGACAAUGACUCGUUCAGCAGCAUCAGCAGCAGCAGCAGUGGCAGCGACAGUGGCGGCCGCAUCAUCACGCCCGCAAGCUAUGCAUUGGAUUUGAAUGCUUAUGCAGUGAAUGGCGUGAGCAUGGAUAGCAAUGAUGUUCCCACCGCUGUUGCUGGUGUUGGUGCAACCGAUGAGACUGACAUUGAUUAUCAACUUCACGCCGUUGUGCCAACCUCACCCGCUUCUGUAGAGCAGCAAGAUCAGCCGCUUGUGCCGCCAACUACGCUUUCGUUCGCCAAUAUUGCACCCGCCAGCGGCAUGGGCGGCGGCGAACUGUUCAGCGGCGGCAGCAUUAGUGGCUUCGACUUGGGCGAGGGCGAUGGAGAGACGGCGACCACUGCCAGCGACGCUACGCCACCAUAUGCAGCUGUGGAUGAUAAAUAUGUGCCAAGUAAACCACUGAAUUUAACCGUCUUGAAUGUGACAUCGUCCAGCAUAACCAUGUCAUGGUAUCCACCGAAAAAUCAAAAUGGCGCCAUUGCUGGCUAUCACGUCUUUCACAUACAUGAGAAUCAGACUGGUGUAGAAAUUAUGAAGAAUUCACGCAACUCGCUGGAUACCAUCAUCAUAUUUGAGCUGCCAAAUUUAAAGCCUUUCACCGAUUAUCGUGUCAUUGUCCAAGCGUUCACCAUGAAAAACGAAGGCAACCCCUCCGAUCAAAUUGUACAGCGCACCGAUGUAGCCGGACCAAAUGCACCGUAUGUGGUUAACCUGACGUGUCACUCGCAGGAUGCUAUCGCCAUACGCUGGCGGCGACCACACGAAUUUUACAACACCAUUGAUUUUUAUAUAAUUAAAACACGCGUGGUGGGCCAGGACUCACACCGAGACAUUCGCAUUAAUGCAUCGGCGAAAGAGUUGGAAACGGCGAUGAUAUUACAAAAUCUAACAACUCAUACGGAAUAUGAAGUCAAAGUUGCAGCUGCGACUUUAAGCAUAAUAAAUCCAAAGAAAAUCGUAUUGGGUAAAUUUUCCGAAACUAGAAAGAUUUCUCUACAUCCCAAUUGUGAAAAGAUUCAACCGCUGUUACGUCAAUCGCACAAUGACUAUAAUUUGGCUGUUUUGGUUGGCAUCAUCUUCAGCUGUUUCGGCAUUGUACUCAUCGUUAUGGCGUUUUUCUUAUGGAG